AUGGACGCGAGAUCUCUUGAUCCUGAAGCGCAGUCUGGCCGACUGCCAGAGGAAGAACUCAACGAAGAACAUACGGCGUAUGCGUCCCAAUAUGAUGUCUUCUGGCAGGAGCCAGCCAGUGAAGACCCCGAGAAUCCGAUGAACUGGAGCUUCAGGCGCAAAUGGAGUAUCAUUGGGAUGGUUUCUUUUAUCACUUUCUUGACUCCCCUCGCCUCUUCGAUGUUUGCGCCGGGUAUCACACAAGUCCUCGAAGACUUCGGUUCAACGUCUAAUCUCCUCUCGACAUUUGUCGUCUCAGUUUAUGUCCUAGGAUUUGCCUUCGGACCUCUGAUUAUCGCACCCGCUAGCGAGUAUAGUGGGCGCGCAUGGGUCUACAAUGUUUGCAAUGUCUUGUUCGUGAUAUUCAACAUCGCCAGGGCGCUUGCUCCGAAUAUGGCGUCUUUGGUGGUUUUUCGAUUCCUCGAUGGGUUUGCGGGUGUUUCUGCCAUCACAUGUGGUAGUGGUACAAUUGCAGAUCUUGUGCCGAGCGAGAAACGAGGCCAGGCAAUGGCUAUCUGGUCCCUGGGGCCGCUGUUCGGCCCAAUCAUUGGUCCCAUCGUGGGCGGGUUCCUCGUGGCGGCGACAGAUUGGCGAUGGGUGUUUUGGGUACUUGCCAUGGCGGGCGGAGCCGCAUCAGUCGUUUUCUUUUUUGUCUCAACAGGAGACACGGCAUACAUAUCACGUUUGGAUUCCGGGAUCCCUCCAAAGCAGCUGUUCCUACGGAGUCUCAUUCGACCGUCGAAAAUGCUUGUUCUGUCCCCAGUAGUGGCCUUAAUAUCUACCUACAUUGCUGUUCUUUACGGCUUCCUCUACAUCCUCUUCACAACAUUCACGAUUGUCUUUGACGGUCAGUAUGGAUUCUCUGCCAGCGCCAGCGGCCUCUCAUUCCUUGGAAGCGGAGUGGGAAUGUUGAUUGGUCUUACCUACGUGGGGACAUUGAGUGAUCGCAAGAUCAGGAUCAAACUCGAGCGCAAGGAGACACCUGUCCCCGAGGACCGACUUACCAUGUAUCUUACCAUACCUGGGUCAUUAACCAUCCCGGCGGGUCUGUUUAUCUACGGGUGGUCGACUGAUAAAGUGGUUCAUUGGAUUGUUCCUGAGAUUGGGAAUGCGACUACUGGGUUUGGGAUGAUCAUUAUAUUGAUGUGUGCUCAGACAUAUCUGGUAGACGCUUUCCUUGCACAUGCUGCUAGUGCCGUGGCUGCUUGCACUGUUCUGCGAAGCUUGCUUGGAGCCCUCCUUCCUCUUUGUGGAUUGCAAAUGUAUGACAAACUUGGCCUUGGGUGGGGGAAUAGUUUGCUGGCAUUCCUUGCUUUGGCAAUGGCCCCUAUACCGGUUUUGUUCCAAAUUUGGGGAGGGAAGCUGCGGACAAAGUGGACUAUUGACUUGUAA